AUGGUCAGAAAAAUUGAGCUCAAUUUUUUUGAGCCUAAACAUUCAUCAACCUCAUCCUCAAUCCCUUGUUCUGACCAAAGGUGCAAUACUGGAACCUGUCAGAACAAUCAGUGUUAUUACAAUCUUAAGUAUGGAAUUGAUGGUGGACCAUUGCUUGGCACGUCUGGUUAUUACAUGUCAGACCGACUACAUUUGGACACUAUUUUCGAAGGAGCUGUGACAAAAAUUUCUUCAGCUCCUAUUGUUUUCGGGUGUAGUAACUAUAGGAGUGGAUACCUUUCUAAAUAUGAGAAAGCACUCGAUGGAAUAAUCGGACUUGGCCACCAAGAUAUUUCGGUUAUCUCUCAGCUUUCCGCGCAAGGGGUUACUCCUAGAGUAUUCUCCCAUUGUCUGAGUGGAGACAUCGUUGGUGGAGGAACUUUGGUCAUGGGCGAAAUCGUAGAGGCUGAUAUUGUGUAUACAUCGCUUGAUCUAUCACAGCGUCAUUACAACUUAAAUCUAGAGAGCAUAUCUGUCAAUGGUUGGGCAUUGCAAAUCGAUGCAUCAGUAUUUGCAACAUCGAAAGACAGAGGUACCAUUGUUGAUUCUGGAACAACUUUGGCAUACCUUGCAGAAGAGGCGUAUGAUCCUUUUGUUGAUGCGAUUACCACUGCAAUACCACAAUCUGUACACACUGUUUCAUUCAAGGGAUAUCAGUGUUUCGUAACUCCUGACAGUGUCACUGACAUUUUCCCUAAAGUGAGUCUCAAUUUCGCUGGCGGUGUAUCACUGAAUCUAAGGCCCCAAGACUACCUUAUACAGCAAAAUCCUAUUAAUAAUGGUGUAGCAGUGUGGUGUAUUGGAUUUCUGAAGAUCAAAGGUCAAGGCACGACAAUUUUAGGCGAUCUGGUACUGAAAGACAAAAUUUUUGUUUAUGAUCUAGACGGUCAACGCAUUGGAUGGGCUGACUAUAACUGUUCUUUGCCGAUUAAUGUCUCCACGACAAUUGGCACUGGAAGACACGUUAAUACAGGAAAGAUAAGCAGAAGUUCUUGUUUAGAGGAUGGAAUUAUAACAUCUUUCUUUGUAACGUUGAUUUUCUGGUUUAUGUUUUUAUAGUCUCUGCAGUACUGUAUAAUUGUGAUAAUUCCAGAAUAUUGUUUGUGUUGUGACCACUUUCUGCACAAUAGGUUUCAUUAUUUAAUGAAAUGUAGUAAUUCUAUUUUUCAUUAUUUUGAAUUUCAUAUAUGA